AUGCUUGACCUCCUCGUCGCCAGACACGAGAUAGGUCCAUCAUUUUGGGCGGUGCCAUCAUGUUUUUAUCGGCGCCGUGAUGACCUCGAAGGGGUGUUUUGCCUUCCAUUUACAGAGUCCUGCUCUGGCUCCAUAAAUGAAAUAUCUUACACCGUAAGAUACCCCGAGUACAAGCAACAAGAGGACAAAUGGGUCAUUCGCCAGACGGGAAUUUACCACCGAUACGACAAAACUUCAUCCCAAAGUCUUUUCGUACUGUUCAAUCCUACGCCACGAUCAAAAGCGCAUUCGCAGGCUGAGAAUUUACUACGCAAUCUUUGCCCUGAGGUGGAAUCCGAUCCCUUUUGGCUACACCGGGUCUUGUUCGCAACGUACUUCCCGACGUGGAGAAAAUAUAUCGCCGUACAAGAACAACGAUUUCUGCCCCUGGGACGGAGUGCAAUCGCCACUUUUAUUAGUGGACCUUUAGGUUUAGGCCACGAUAGCCUUAUAACAUUGACAGCCUUGCAGACUCGAUUUCUCGAAGUCCCGGCCAUCUUGGCAUCUGCGACAGACAUUCUCGACGAGCUUUGUACCGUUAUUAGUUCCCAGUCAGUGAUCUCGACAAAUUACGGGAUCCACUCGUUUCAAAAUCAUCGUCGAGAGUGCAUUGCAAAUUCCCACAAUGCUUCACAUUUACAGCAGCGGGCACAGGUUGUCUCGAAACUACUAGCCGACACUUUAUUGUUUCGGGAUCAGGUCAUGGCAAAGGAACAGAAUACGAACAUGCUACAGCUGAACAAGUCGGCAGUGUUCAUAACCUUUCUGACGCUGUUAUAUCUUCCUUCGUCAUUCGUGGCUACUAUAUUCGGUAUGAAUUUCUUCGACAUGGAUCAAGCCAACAAUCGUAUUGUCGGUACACCUAUGAUAUGGAUAUUCUUUGCCUCGUCCAUUGCCCUGACGGCAGGCACGUUCCUUCUAUACUACUGCUUAUUGCGCCGCGACGGCGAAACCCUUCGCGGCAUUGCUCCGAGUAGUCAAACCUGGAGUAUCGGGGGGAAUUAG